AUACUAAAAAUUCUCGCCAAACUACUCACCUCUCUCCCCGGCUCAAGAUAGCACACUGGCACUUUAUAAAAUCAUCACUCCGCUGCUUUAUUCACUCUUAUCCUUCAAAACUUCGAUCGGAUCAAGCUCCAUUUUGCAGCUCGAGGGGGGAAAAUGGGGAAAUUGUCGAACAAAAUUACGGCAAUCGCGGCCGGAGAAGCGCAUACCCUAGCUCUAACGGGGGACGGGAGCGUGUUUUCAUGGGGAAGAGGGACUUUUGGGCGUCUUGGGACUGGAAGAGAAGAGGACGAGCUCUGUCCAGUUCCUGUAGAGUUUGGCGAUGCUUCUUCUUCGUCUUCUUCGAUGAAUGGAUCGAGACCGAAGUUCGUCGGGAUUGCUGCUGGCUCUUAUCAUAGUCUCGCGCUGCAAGAUGAUGGAUCCGUUUGGUCAUGGGGCUACAACAUUUAUGGCCAGCUGGGUCAUGGUGAGGAUAACACCUCAAUUCCUACUUUGGUAGAGCGCUUCCAGGAGUUGGGUUCUCCUGACUCUUUUUCUGAGGAUAUAGAUGCAAAUCGUGAAAAGACGCCUUUAAAGGUUUGUUCUAUCAAGGCAGGGGGGAUGAUGUCGCUCGCAAUAGACAGUCUUGGGGCUCUAUGGAUCUGGGGUAACUGCCCUCAACCAAGCAAGACCAAUAAUACAAAAUUCUCUCUUGUAAGCAGUCAGUCUCCUAUUCCAGUAUGGGAUUUCCACGGGUACACUGUUGUCAAAGUUGCUUGUGGAAACGAGCAUGUGGUUGCUGCAGUUAGUGCUGGGGAAAUGUACACUGGUGGUGAUCUCGUCUGCUACUCUUGGGGCAAUAACAGCCACGGCCAACUCGGCUUAGGCGAUAAAAAAGACCGCCCAAGGCCACAAGUCAUUCCAUCCUUCAACCAGGACACUCCUUGGGCUGUCUAUGAAAUCUCUUGUGGAGCUUUUCAUACUGCUGUUCUCACUCAAGACAAAUCAUAUGAGCAGGAUAUUGAUUCUAAGUGCUGGACAUUUGGCCUUGGUGAUAAUGGCCAGCUUGGUCAUGGGAAUACAGCCAGUUAUUUUUUGCCUGAACCAGUAGGAUUACCUCAGGAUGCCAUUCUUAUUUCAGUCGAUUGUGGCUUGUUUCAUACGUCGGUAGUUUCAAUUACUGGAGAGGUUUGGUCUUGGGGCAUGGAGAAGGGUCUCGGUUUAUGCCCAGAUGCUAGUUUUAGUGCACAUGAUGCUGGUGAUGCACUGCUUCCUUUGAGAAUUCAUUGCACUGAGGCAAUAGGAGGGAAAUUUGCUGGUCCAGUUCAAGUUGGAUGUGGAGCUGCUCACACUAUUCUUGUUGCUGAUGAUGGUUAUAAGAUUUGGGCCUGGGGUAGAGGCAGGAGUGGUGUACUUGGAAGAGGGCAGGUUAUGGACAGUUUCGUUCCUUGUAUUGCAAUGUGGCCACCUCUCAACGAGGAUUUUAAAGACGAAGGUAUAAAAACAAGCUAUGAAGUGAAGGAUCGAGGAAAUGAAAUGGGAAAAACAGUUGAAAUUGACGAAGUACAGCAUUUAAGAGAGAAGCUUAAUGUUAUGGAGCAAUAUGCAACGGUAUUGCAUAUAUCGAUCUUUAGGAAACCUUUCGAUGAAAGAAAGCUCCCCAAGUCAUUGGAUUCGGGUGUGUUUGAUAUUAUGAGGGAGUUAGAGAAUAUGAUGGAGUCUGCAGAUACUGAGGAGCUUGCUAGACUGGAGAUGUUCUACAGGAGUAUGCUUUCUAGUGUGAAGGAUAAGUUGAUGAGGAGAAGGGUUCAGGAGAUGGUGAAGGAUUGCCUUGUGUCUUUAUCUAGAGGGAGGCAAGGUUACUGAGAUUGGAAUAUUGGGGGUGUUUAUGAUAGAUUGGUGACAUGUGAGCAGGGGUAGAGGAAGUAUAGCAAUAAUUUAUGAAGUAUAGGUUCUCGUAAUUUGUAAUGCACAUUUGUUUGUAUUUGUUGUAUUAGAGUAAAAUAUUUAGUUGUAAACUUGGGAUUGUUGUAAUGUGAAAUAUAUAUAAUUGAUAUGAAAUAAAAUUUGUAAUGUGAAAUAUACAA